AUGGCAUUUUUUUCCAAAAGGUUACCUCGGCUUGAGUCGUUACUUUCAAGGAAAUAUUUCUUGCAGGAGAAAAAACGAUGUGCGGAUAUAUCGGCGAUCAACUGGAUAAAUCAACGAAAUCGUAACAAGAUGAAGGAACAAUUCUUGAGUAAUAAGGUCGAAAUAGAUAUCGAAAUGCAAGAUGAUCCGUUCACGAGAAAGAAGGAAAGGAUGAAGGUGGUAGCUGGCAAAUCUGGAGCUGCUGCGCUAGAACAUGCUGCAAGCACUUCAAAUAUACCUCAAGAUCCGCAACCCACUGCUGUUGCUCUCUCGAUGGAGAAUAAUUCUUGGAUUCCAGCAGCCACAUCUUCUACUCUGGCACCGAAAACUACCACGCCUAGUGGCCGACCACCAGUGCAAUCAAAAAGUGCUAGCAAUCUGUUCGAUUUGCAUAGUAGCAUAAAGAAGAUCGAUUUGGAUAUAGAUCUAGGGAAGCUCACACGACCAGCUACAAGUAGUGCGCGACUGGAGGAUACGUUACAUUUGCCAACACCUCGUCCUACAGCACCGCCACCUACUUCAGGAACUAGUCUUUUGAUUUCCUCUACUUUCUCUGUUUUCCACCUUUCUGAUAAAAAUGUACUCAUUACGGUAGCGGUAAGAGGUCUGUAUGAGGUAAGGAUCGUAAAAUUUCAUCAUUCCUGAAA